AUGAAAAGCAAUUUUUGGAUUAUAAUAAUAUUUUUUGUUUAUGUUAUAAAUAAAAUUUACUGUUUUAAUAAUGUUAUAAAAAAUAAUACUAAAUUUUUAUCCAAAGAAAACAAUUUAAAAAUCAUAGAAUAUAAUACAAACAACUAUAAUAAGAAUGAAAUAAGUUUACCAGAAAAAUUGACUCUUAAAGAUACGUUAAAUUAUGUAUCCACAUUUUUUGAAAUUGAUGAAUAUGAUAAAGGUUCUCAAAAUCUAGUACCUUUGAGUGUUGAGAAGGAUGUGGAAAAUGGAAAUAAAUAUGAACAUGAAAUAAUGUUUUUCGAAAAUAAAACAGAAAUUAACAAUAAUAUAUACAAUGUUGAUAAGAAUAAUAAUGGAAUAGAAGAAAAUCGGACAGAAACCGAUAAUGUAGAAUAUGAUAAUUCUAAUAAUAAUGAAGAAGAAAAUGAAAGAAAAAAAUUAUUUGAUUUAGCUAUGGAACUAAAAGAUGGAUCAAAAAAUCGGAAAAAAAAUAUACAAAAAAGUAUAAAAAUAUUUGAAAAAUUAAUAAUGGAUAAAAAAAAAGAUCAAAUAACUUCCUUAUCAUAUUAUGAAUUAGGAAAAAUACAUUUUUUUGGAUAUAAAAAUUAUUUUUUUUCAUAUAAAAGAAAUAUAAAAUUAAGUUUAUAUUAUUUAACAAUGUCUAGUGAAAUGAAAAAUCCGGGGGCUUUCCACUUUUUAAGUUUUAUAUAUUUUUUUGAAUUUAACAGAAAGUUGAAUAAUGAAAUCAUAGAAGAAAAUAAAGGGGAACAAACAAAAAGAAGUGAAACCAAAAGCCAUUUUAUUAAAAAAUCAAUCGAAUAUGAAAUAAAAGGGUGUUUAUUAAAUUACACACCUUCCAUUUUAGCAAUGGGGUAUAGAUAUUUAUAUGGUAUACAUUUAAAAAAAAAUUGUGAAAAAUCUAAAAAUUAUUAUAAAUUAAUAGCUGAAAAUGUAAUGAACUCAGAUUAUAUUAACAUCCCUUUGUCUGAUCUCGAUUUGUUAAAUAAAGAUAAUAUAAAUAUUCAUAAUGAAAUUAGUAAUUUAAAAAAUAAUGAAGAGGAUAUUUUAGAAUUUUUAAAAGAACAGAUUAAAGGUGGAGAUGUUAUGGCAAUGUAUGACCUUGGAAAAAAAUAUAAAGAAGAAAAAAAUUUCACUCAAGCUUUUGAAUAUAUAAAUGAAGCAUCAAAAAAACAUAAUAUAUUAGCUUUAAAGGAAUUAGGAAUAAUAUAUUUGUAUGGUUAUGGAACUGAAAAAAAUAUAGAAAAAAGUAUUGAAAAUUUUUCAAAAGCAGCGAAUGUAGGAGAUGUUGAAUCAAAAUGUUAUUUGGGAUAUAUUUAUUAUUUUAUUGAAGAAUAUCGAAAUUUAAAGUUAUCAUUAAAGUAUUUAAUCGAAGCAGCAAACCAUGAUUAUGCCGAAGCUCUUUUUUUUCUCGCAGAAAUAAUUCUUGAUAUUUCAGUAAAAAAAAGACAUAUUUCUGAUAAUAUAUAUAAAAUAGUAUUUAAAUUAUAUGAACAGUCAGCAGAUUUAGGAUAUGUUCAGGGAUAUUUUAGAGAAGCACAAUUAUAUGAAAUUGGAAAAGGUGUUAAAGAAUCAUGCUUGAAUUCAGCCCUUUCUUACAAAUUCGUUGCUGAAAGUACUUCAUGGACACAUGAAAUAAGACAAGGUAUGAAUUAUUAUAUCGAAAAACAAUUUUUAAAAUCUUUCUAUACAUAUGCAUUGGCUGCAUAUGAAGGAUAUGAAGUAGCUCAAAGCAACUUCAUAUACAUAUAUAAAAAUAAUAAUUUUAAAAACUAUGUUAAGUCUGAAAAGGUUAUGCAAAUGUUACAUUUAUUAUAUAAACAAGGAAAUUACAAAACUUUAUAUGAAAUGGGAGAAAUAUAUAAAGAACAAAACAAACAAAACUUAUCGAUAUAUUAUCAUAAAAUGGGAUUAAAUAAAGGAGAUCUUCGAAAUCUUAUUCCUUUAUCAUAUUAUUAUGAACAAAAUAAAGAUAAUGAUAGGGCACUAAAAUAUGUAAGCUAUUUCAUAAAACAAGCUAAAAGAGAUCAGGAAUCGGAUAAUACAAAAAUGGAAAAAAUAAAAAGUAUACUUGACAAAUCAUUGCUAUACUUUAGAAAAUAUAAGUUAUUUUUUAAAACGUUUUAUAACACAAAAAAAAAAGAAAAAAAAGAGGGAGCCUAA